AUGACGAAAGUAGAGCUAUAUCUAAUUAUUUACAACAAUCUACUGAGGUACGACAUCGAACCACGCGGCGAGCUGCCAACAAUCAUGAAGCUACUGCCAUUGAAUGUCACCAAAGCAGCGCCAAGUGUUCUCAGGGAUGAGAUUGCGGAUUCGCCCCGACUUCCCCCAAGAAUGUAUGGAUUCAUUUCUAAUUCGUUCUGCAUAACAUCGACGGAAAUAGUCCAGAGAUGCUGA